GAUCAAGAGCCCAUAUAUCCUAAGUAUUGUCGCUUGAUGCUCAUUCUCUUCAAGCCUUGGAGAUCUGUUUCUGACCUUAAGCAAAGUACUCAGUCAUGGACCAAAGUGUUUGAUGCGUUCCAGCAUACCUGUUCGUCUGCUGUUACUUCUAUCUUGAACAAUAUGCAAAUACUGCACGAGUGUAAGGACAGUCGAGAUGAC